AGUCGGCGGCGCGGAUGUCUUCACCUGGUUCUGUGCAGCAGUGAGCCCGGAGAGGAGAGGCGGUCGGGCUGGGAGUGCUACCUCUGGAUGGUUUAAAAAAAAAAAGAAAAAAGAAAAACAAAAAAACCAAAAACAACAAAAAAAAGCAGAAACAACAAAACCAACCAACUCUGCAAUCCUCUGCUCCCCACAGGCUGAACAGUAUAAGGGACUGCUCUAUUUGAGGCUGUCGGGAGGAUGGGAAAGACAGACUGAGAGUCAGGGAGAGAGAGAAGGCACACCGCCGCGAUUACUGAAAAGGCACCCUAACACUUUUUGGUUCACUUCAGCUCCUGAGCAUCAUCACACUCCACCCAUACAAGAACCAUUCUGUGGAGAUAAUCUUCAUUUUAAAGGACAACAUCUGUACGGACAACAGGAAAGCUAAGAUCUCCUUCAUAUAUUGAAAGGCUGCUAUCAAGUUCUCCCCAGAGUCUUCUUCUCUUGACUCUGAACAGCCCCAGCUCUCUCAGCCUGUCCUCAUAAGAGAGAUGUUCCAUCCCUUGGAUCAUUUUGCGGCCCUCCUCUGGAUGCACUCCAACAGCUCCUUGUCUCUUCUGUAUUGAGAACUCCAUAUCUGGACACUGUACUCCAGGUGAGGUCUCACCAGCACAGAGCAGAGAGGCAAAGCUUUAAUGAAGAAGCAUCAACACUGCUAACAGUUGCACAAAGAGAGACCGAAGACCUUUUUGACCAAUGAUGUGGUUGUCAUGGAAACUAUUUCUGUUUCUGUCACUCACCGGGUGUCUUUCAGAAUAUUCAGAAGCUGUUCCUGGCCUACCUACAUCAUAUGCUGCUAUUCUAAGAAUCAAAUCUGGUAGUUCAUCUUUAGCUUCAUCUAACUCAAAGAACAGACCACGAUUAAGCAGUCCUUCGUUAGGAAGUGUACCUUCGCCAGGCUGGAGAGGAGCUGCACAACCUUAUCAUUCCCCAACAAACCUCUAUCACUUUUCAGAGGCCUUCAAACAUGAUGAAAGUGUUGAUUAUGGACCAGUGUUUACACAGGAGCCAGAUGAUGUGAUUUUUCCCACUGAUUCUGAAGAGAAGAAAGUGUCUCUGAAUUGUCAAGCUCAUGGAAAUCCUACCCCCACAUAUAGAUGGCUUCGAAAUGGAACUGAAAUUGAUGUUGAAAGUGAUUAUCGCUACAGCCUAAUAGAAGGAAGUUUGAUCAUCAGUAGCCCUAAUGAGAUGAAGGAUUCUGGACAGUAUCAGUGUUUAACUACCAACACGUUUGGUAGCAUAUUAAGCAGGGAAGCUGUUCUUCAGUUUGCAUAUCUGGGGAAUUUUAGUGGUCGUACAAGAAGUGCUGUCUCUGUACGUGAAGGUCAAGGAGUGGUUCUGAUGUGCUCCCCUCCACUUCAUUCACCAGAGAUCAUCUAUAGCUGGGUGUUUAAUGAGUUCCCAUCUUUUGUGGCAGAAGAUAGCAGACGCUUCAUCUCCCAGGAGACAGGCAAUCUCUACAUCUCCAAGGUGCAAAAAUCUGAUGUUGGCAGCUAUAUAUGUCUGGUAAAAAACACAGUGACAAAUGCCAGAGUUUUGAGUCCUCCUACACCUCUGACACUGAGAAAUGACGGUGUGAUGGGGGAGUAUGAACCAAAAAUUGAAGUUCAUUUUCCUUACACAGUCACAGCAGCAAGGGGAACUACUGUUAAGAUGGAAUGUUUUGCACUUGGCAACCCUGUUCCAACAAUCUCUUGGAAGAAAGUUAAUGGUCAUAAUCCAAGUAAAGCCCGUCUGAGAAAAUCCCAAGCUGUGCUUGAAAUACCUAAUGUUCAGCUAGAGGAUGCAGGGAUGUAUGAAUGUAAAGCUGAAAACUCACGUGGAAGGAAUGUCUUCAGAGGACAGCUACAAGUGUACACCUACCCACAGUGGGUGGAGAAACUUAAUGAUACUGAAUUAGAUAGUGGGGAACAGCUACGAUGGGAAUGCAAAGCCACUGGAAAGCCAAGGCCCACGUAUCGUUGGCUGAAAAAUGGAGCUCCUCUCAGUCCACAGAGCAGAAUUGAGAUGGUUAACAGCAUACUGAUGAUCCGCACUGUGAACAUCUCAGAUGCUGGAAUGUAUCAGUGCUUAGCAGAAAAUAAGUAUGGCACCAUCUAUGCCAGCGCCGAGCUGAAGAUUUUAGCUUCAGCUCCCACUUUCCCACUAAAUCAAAUGAGGAAAACAAUAAUUAUUACCAAGGGCCAAGAAGUUGUCAUUGAGUGCAAGCCACAAGCCUCUCCAAAGCCAACUAUCACUUGGAAGAAAGGAGACAAAGCUUUAAGGGAGAGUAAGAGGAUAACUAUUCUUCCACAAGGAAGCUUGCGAAUUCUGAAUGCUUCCAAGUCUGAUGAAGGACGGUAUUCAUGCCAAGGUGUAAAUGUAUUUGGGUCUGCAGAAAUCGUUGCAUCAGUAUCUGUUAAAGAACCUACGAGAAUAGAGCUGACUCCCAAGAAAAUAGAGUUAACGGUUGGAGAAAGCAUCGUCCUCAGUUGCAAAGCCCUUCAUGAUAGCACACUAGAUGUCACUUUCUAUUGGACACUUAAUGGGCAGCCAAUUGAUUUUGAUAAAGAAGAUGGACACUUUGAAAGCAUCAAGGCACAAGCGUCCUCGGCAGACCUGAUGAUCAGGAACAUCCUGCUGAUGCAUGCUGGGAGAUACGGCUGCAGGAUCCAGACUGCAGCAGACACUGUGUCAGAUGAGACCGAGCUGCUUGUCAGGGGUCCUCCUGGUCCCCCAGGGGUUGUAAUAGUGGAGGAAAUUACAGACACCACAGCAACACUCUCCUGGAGUCCUGGGGCAGACAAUCACAGCCCGAUCUCCCUCUACAACCUGCAAGCUCGCAGUCCAUUUUCUCUUGGCUGGCAGACAGUAAAAACAGUUCCUGAUGUGAUAAGUGGAGACAUGGAGUCUGCUAUGGCUGUUGAACUGAACCCUUGGGUGGAGUAUGAGUUUAGAGUUGUAGCAACCAACAAAAUUGGGACUGGAGACCCAAGUGCACCAUCCCGCAUGAUCAGAACCAAUGAAGCAGUUCCAAAGACACCUCCAGCUAAUGUAAGUGGCAGAAGUGGAAGGCGUCAUGAAUUAGUAAUAGCAUGGGAGCCAGUAUCAGAAGAGUUUCAGAAUGGAGAAGGAUUUGGAUAUAUUGUAGCAUUCAGACCUAAUGGAACACGUGGUUGGAAGGAAAAAAUGGUGACAUCUUCAGAUGCCUCAAAGUUUAUCUAUAGAGAUGAAAGUGUUCCACCUCUCACUCCUUUUGAGGUGAAAGUUGGUGUUUACAAUAACAAAGGUGAUGGUCCCUUCAGCCCAAUUGUGGUCAUCUGCUCAGCUGAAGGAGAACCCACUGCUGCUCCUAUCGAUGUCAAAGCUACGAGUUUGUCUGUAUCAGAGAUUCUUGUUGCGUGGAAACAUAUUAAAGAAAGUCUAGGAAGACCACAGGGAUUUGAGAUUGGUUACUGGAAAGACAUGGAACAGGAAGAAGCAGCAGAAAAGGUGAAAACUGCAGGAAAUGAGUCAUCUCUCCUUCUGACAGGAUUAGAAGGAAAUACAUUAUAUCACCUAACUGUGCGGGCAUACAAUGCUGCAGGGUAUGGACCACCUAGCGCCGCUGUGCGUGUAGCAACCAAGAAGUCCCCUCCCAGCCAAGCACCAAGUAAUGUUAUGUGGAUACAGGAUGGUUCUCAUGUGUCCCUUGGAUGGGAACCAGUCAGACCUCUAGCUAAUGAAUCUGAGGUAAUGGGAUACAAGGUGUUACUUAGGCAAGAAGGCCAAAGCAACAGUCAAGUUAUAGAAACACAGAAAACUUCCGCAGUGGUAAUUCUUCCUGAUGUUGGUGUCUACAUUAUUGAGGUCUGUGCAGUCAGUGAAGGAGGCGAUGGGACUGCUAGUCCCCAGAUUAGAGUUCCAUCUUAUGCAGGAGGUAAAGUAACAAGUGCUCAGUCCACCUUACAUAUGUUCUCUACUUCCUCAUCCUCUGUAACAUUGCUUUUGGUACUCAUGGUUCCUUCAAGUUCAUGGUGAAGACUGCGGACUUUGUUGUUGUUGUUAUUUAUUUGCUUUAGCUUGAUAACAACAAGGGAUGGAGUUUUAUGUCUGUGGAGCAAGAGGAAACCCAAGCUAAUGCUUAAAGACCCAUAGAAAUACCUGUGGUGCACUUAGAGGAGUGUUGGAAACACAGUCAAAAAUUCAUCAGGUUUUUUUCUCUUAAGUUUUUGUAAAAGUCUUCUGGGAAAGGGGACAUUUCUUGGCCCAAAAAUAUGCAGAUUGUAUGUAAUAAACUUUUGUAAGCAAACGUAAUUUCUGUCAAAUGUACUUUACUUUUAUAAUAUGUUCAAUUUUGGUGACCCCAGUUAUGUAUCAUUAGGUGUUUAAACAGUGGUGUCUAGUACAGUACAUCUGUUUGGUUCAGAAAAAAAAAACAAACAACAUUCUUUAACUAGAGAACAAAGUUUGAUACAAGUUCAUCUAACACUUCUUGCAUUCCACAUGGUUGGCUGUUCUUACUGACAAGAGAGAGAGAAAAAUAUAAUUGACAUAUGUAUGCUUUGCAAAAAUACCAAGAGUUUGUUCUUAAAAUGCAUAAAUACACAUUAAAAUAGAAAUAUAUAUAUAUAGUCAAUACAAUACUAGACAGAACAUUCAAAAAGUGGCAAAGUGGAGUUGAAAAUAGGCCAUUUGUUUUAUUUUGAGGUAAACUGAAAAUAAUUGAAUAUAAACUUUAAAGGAAACAAGUGCCAUUGUUUUUCAUCAAAUACUGCAUGAUUUAAUGUCAAAGCAAUCAAGCAUUUAUUUUCAAGAGGAAAUUAAAAAAAAAAAUUCCUAAUGCAUAUGGCAAUGAAAACUCCACUGAGCAUUCAAACUUACACUAGGCUGCUACGUGAGCAAAUAAAGCAAUCCAAGAAGUCAAAGCUACUUUUUCCAACCAUUUCCUUCUUUGUUUUAAUUCUGGGCCCAUUUUUUUAGAUAACAUUGUAUACUUCAUAUAUUUGGUAAUCCAGUUAAUGCAUAUAUAAAGGCAUAUAACAGAGAGAGCAUUAAUAUUUUGGAAUGUAGUCAUUCACACAUACAUACUGUAGCAGGACAAAUCUUGGAGAAUAGUGUUUGAAAAAAAUUUUUGUAUAAUUAUCAGUGAGCAUUAUUACAAUUAUUUUGUUACCUAGAACUGUUUCUAUAGCUCUACAGAUAAAAUUAUUCUGAUAGGAAUUGUGUGCUAUCAGUUCUAAUACCUGCUUUUGCUGUCCAAAAGCUUUUUUCACUCAAUACAAAAUUUGGACAAUUUUUCUACAUGUGAAGGCAUUUCCAUACAUUGGCACCUGAAUCAAAAUGAUCCCCAUUGUAUAUGAUGUGCUUGUUUGUUCAGUUAAGGUACACGUGAUGUUAUGAGGGAUGGAUUUUUACCAUGAAUGUCUAUCUAUUGUGACAAGAAUGAAUACAUCUGGGAAAAAAUUGAAAGUAUUUAAGAGGCAAGUCUUACUAGCAUAGUUCUUCCAACUGCCCAUCCUUCUAAAAAUUUUGAUACAAAGCUGUUUCGGUUCAUAGGUUCUGUGACAAAAAUGCUAUUAUUUUGCCAGCUCACUAGCAAAGUAAUACUUGGAAUAUAUACUCCAAAGAUGCCCAUUCUUAGUAUCUUUAAAAUAGUAACGAAGGAAGUGCAAUGCUUGCUAGCUAAAAAUCUGACAGAUGACUACAUUCCUUUUGAAUAUUUAACACUGGAAUUUUUCAGAGACUAUUCAACUUGAUUCGUUAGUACUUUAUUUGUUGGUGGAAAUUGGAUAUUAGGAGAAGGUUCUUCAUAGAGAGGGUGGAACAGGCUUCCCAGAGCAGUGGUCGUGGUGUUGAGGCUGCCAGAGUUCCAAAACUACUCAGAAAUGCUCUUAAAAUAUGGCUUAGUUUUCAGGUGGCUCUGUGUGAAGUCAUGAGUUGGAUUUGAAGGUUCUGGUGAGUCCUUUCCAACUUGGGAUAUUCUAUGAUUCUGUCACUCUAUGACACCCACAAAUAUUAAAAAAAAAAUAAUCUGAAGAUGUAAGCUUCAAAUGCACUUAGUUAAAACUAGGUAAACAAGGGCAGGAUGACAAGCUGAGCCCAGAAUGCUGUAUAGGUACAAACAGGAGACCUACUUGUAUCCACCCCUGUUUGUAGGAAAACCUAUGAAGUGAAAGUCAGGAAGGUGAAAUGCACUGAAGAACAAACUCAAAGGAAAUAACUACCUGUUGUGGUUUGCAAAGCUGUAGCAUUGCUACUGAGCAGAGAGCUUGCUCUAGCAACCUAUCAUUCUUCAAAAGGUUAAAAUGAACAAGAAUGAAGUGAUGAACCAAAAAAUAAAACGGCUAUUUUAUAAAUUUGCUAAGCAUAAUUUCGUCUAUUUUUUAUACAGAUGCUUGCCAAUGCAGUAUGUUUCAGAGUAUUCGAAAAGGUGAGAGUCACUCCUGGUGACAGUUUAGUUAAUUUUCUGAAUACAAUAAAUGGCUGUGCUUUAUAAGAAGAUUGGAAGUCCUAUGAGGAGAUAGAGCUGCAUCUAGCUAUAUCUCAAUCUCUAGUACAAAAUGCAGAUAGAAACACUGACAUACCAUCAGGUAAUGCAUUUGUAAUGCAGGGACAAAAAGGGAUAUAUUUUAUAUUCAACAUGAACAAAAUAAGUUUAUUAAUAUAUUUAGAUGCAAAAUACGUUUUAAAUGUUUCAGUACCUACAUAUUACACGUGACUCUGUAGUAGGAUGUUUCCUUAUCAUGACGUAUCUUUUAGUUGCAUUGAAGAAAUCUUUCCUUUUUCAUGUAAAAGUUUGUAAUAGUGCAGUCUAGCAUCAUUGAGGAGACUGUAUUUUUGUAUAAUGCCACAAUAUCUGUCUGGAAAAGAACAACUAUUAAGAAAAUUUGUUUUGCAGUGAAAAAGAAAGCUACCAUCAUGGCCCAUAUAAAAAUGUUAGAUAUACUGUAUACAACCUGUAUAUAUACUAUAUAUAAUGGUAUAUAAUGUGGAAGACACAGUAAUAUAAUAGUUCCUGUGUACUGUUCUUGUAACAUUAGAUCUUUUUAAUAAAUAAUUCUCUUUUUAUUGACUUUUAUCUAUCUUCUGUCAGCUCCUGAACUAUGUUGGUAGAGAACAGAGUGACACAGACAUUUCUGGAUUCCAACAGCAACAAUCUUCUAUUUACAUGAUUUUCAAAAAGAAAACAAUGAAUCUGGAAUACUGACUGUGGAAGUUCAAAUAAUUUUUGCAUCUUUCUGAUUUCUGAUCUCUGUUGGUUUUCCUGGGCAGUUAUUACUUUCAUAACUGAAUAACUGAAAGCCACAAGUAAGCUGGAUCUUUUAACAUGAAACUAUAAGUAAUAAACACUUCUAAAUAAGACUGCAAAUUAACCCCCGAGAUAAAAGCUCUUUGCAAUAUUAAAAUAUCUUGAAAGAGCUUUAUAAGAAAGCCACCAAGGACAAUUCAUCGUAGCGAAGUACUUUCUAGGAUUUUUCUGGAAUGUGUAAUGUUCUUUCAGGUGUCGUAAACAUCCCACAGCCAUGUAGGUACAAAAGGACAACAUGAUAGUUUCAAGUUCUAUUGAAAAGUAUUGUUUCUUUGUCUUAUACUUGAAACAAUUUGUGUAAAAAAAUCACAAGAAAAAAGAUGAUUUCAAAAAGACACUUAACCUUUUUGGGGAAAAAUGUAAUAGCGGAUGACUCAAUUACAGCAAAUAUUUUCCUUUUUGAUAUUUUCAUUUGACAUUUUAAUAAU